GAUUUAGGAGAUUACAGUCCUGUGCAUUAAAGUGCGAGGCCUUAAGAUGGAUCCUUCAUACACAGAAGCUGUUGCAGCGUCUCUUGUUCGAGAAUUUUUAAGCAGAAAGGGUCUGAAGUGUACACUACAAAUGCUGGACCAAGAAAUGCCAAGGGGAAAUAAUUCCAUAAGUAACAGACAACUGCUGAUGAAAGAACUUCAUAUUGAGAAGCUGAUGAAGAAAAACAAGGAAAUGUUGGAGCCUUUAAGAACAAUGUUAGAAAUAAUAACCCAAUACUUUCUGGAGAUGACAAAACCAAGUGACGUGCCAAUGAUGUCAUCAUCACAGGACUCACGACCAGUGUCUUCCUCUCAGUCAUCACGGAACAGUGAUCCUAACGACUUAAUUAGUCCUGCUGCUGAUAGACCUACUUCCUCUGGAUACAGCUCUGCAAAGUCGAAGUCAAGUGUUCGUAAUGGGAGCCAGGACCUGAUUAUUGAUGAUGAUGUUGAGGGGGAGACAGUUCUAGGGGCAGGGAAGGCAGGGCUGAUGGACAAAGAGGACACCAAUGAUUAUCUGCCUACCCCACAGAGGCUCCAGGCCAGACCUGUUAGUGCCAAGAGAAAGGGGCUAUCUGGACCAAUCACCAGCAACUUAGAGGACUCAGGAAGGAACAGGAAACUAAACAAACCUCGACCUUUGACCUCAGGGUCUCGCAAAAUUCUCCUGGACCCCACAGAAACGACCUCUGAACCCAGGCGGACCUCACUAAAUGAGGACAGACUUUCUGGUCUUGGUGUGAGUCAGGGAACAGGAAGUGGGAUUGGGCGUGACAGGAAGUCUUCCAUACAGGAUGUGUUGGACGUCAAGGAAACAAAAUCAACAAAACAGAAAUCUGCGUCCGGGAGACGUCAGCUGUCAGUGGAGGAAGAUUUACCUGGUGAUUACAGUGUAGAUAAAUCCAGUAUCGGCAACAGACCCCCAACAAGGGGGAGUCAACGGUUAGAAAAAUCAUCUUCCAGCAAUUCUCUGUCAUCAAAAGCCUCUACAAAAGUCGGGGAUGUAGAAUUUGGUGAUUGUGAUGACCUUGACUCAGAUCUAGCUGACCUUGACCUUGGUCCAAAGCUCUCUGUAGGUCGCACAGUUCAGAACUUGAUAGAUGCUCGUCCCAUCACACUACAGACAGCAAUAAACCUAAAGUCAUUGAUAUUUGGAUCAGCAAAUCAGUGUUUUAAUGAUGAGUGGAAAUAUCAAGGCCUCGUGUUCUGUGACCUUCCAAAGCUUCAGUAUGGAAUUGUUCAAAGAAAGGGAGGACCAUGUGGAGUUUUGGCUGCCAUCCAGGCCUGUGUUCUACAAGAAUUACUGUUUGGUGAUUGUAAAAUACCACUCAAAAGAUUUGGAGAUCCAACACAUGAAGAGAGAAGUCUAGCCCUAGCUACAGCUCUGUCCAAAAUAUUUUGGAGAGCAGGAGAGCAAAAGACAGCUGUUUUGGCCAUAGGCUCAGGGAAGGCUGUGUUCCAGGGUGGAGCUCCAAAGUAUAGAGCUGAUGAUCUGACUGAGACUCUGAUGUUGAACCAUUUUAAAUCAUAUGAGGAUCUGCUGAGCUUCAUGACACAAAAUGUUCAUUAUUUCAUGACAGACGGAAAAGGGGGUGUGAUUCUGACCCUGUACUCCGCCAUCUUCUCACGAUACAUUGACCAAGUGAGGGAAGACAUGGAUGAACCAACAGGGAAACUGAUGGGGGCCCAUGGAUAUUGUACUCAGGAUAUGGUUAAUUUAUAUUUAACUGGGAAAGCCACAUCUAAUGUGUUCAAUGACAAGAUAGAGCUGGACUCCGGAACAGGAAGUGAUGUCACAGUCCUUAAAGGGAUCACAGGGAGGUCAAAUAUAGGACUACUGUCUCUGUUUGAACAUUACAAAUCUUGCCAGGUUGGCACAUACCUCAAAACUCCAAAAUACCCGAUCUGGGUUGUGUGCAGCGAGAGCCACUUCAGUGUUCUUUUCUCCAUUAAGAAGGAACUGGUCAGUGAUUGGAAGGCGGAGAGACGGUUUGACCUAUAUUACUAUGACGGUCUGGCCAGACAACAGGAGGAAAUCAAACUAACCAUAGAUACAGUUGACAUGGGAUACCAGACUGAAAAAUCAGAGGAUGACCUUGUCCCGCCAUUGGAACUCUGUAUACGGACAAAGUGGUCUGGGGCAAAUGUUGAUUGGAACGGAAGUGAACCACUUUUAUAACAGUACUUCUGAAUGGUUAGUCUACCAGCAAAUUUAUGCCAGAUUAAACUUGCAUUACCGGGAAACCAAGAAACCAAACCAUUAACACUGUGAAUUAAGGAUAUUAGCUCAGAGCUCAGAAGAAGUGAAUCUGGUGGAAAGAUUUGUUGAUGUAACAGGAAGUCAUUUAGGUUAACCUUAGAAAGGAUUAAAGCAUAUCACACUGUUUCAAUCUGUUCUUAUCAGGCAGAUGAAUUUGCAAAUAUUUCAUCCUUUGGAUAAAAGAGGGACUGAUAUGAUGUUACUUGUAGGUGUAAACAUUAGAAUUUCUUGCUAUAUAUGUAAACAAAAUGCUAGAAAAUUUUGAAAGAUCUCAUUUUUGUGAACUUUGAUUAAAAAUAUUAAAAUUUAUUUAAAUUCUGCUGAUUAUUAUAUUUAUUUAUAUUUAGAAUGUUUCUUUUGUAAGGAAACAUAUUUUGUGCCAAGUUUAGAUGUUUAUGUAUAUGUUUAGAAUGUGAUAUUGUAGUUAAAAUCUAGGGUUGGGUUAUAUUGUACAUUUUGUCACUAUUGAUGCUGCAGCUGAAUAUGUACUAUUAAUGUCAUUUUGUCUACAAAAUGCUAGUAACAUGUUAUCC